AUGCACAUUGGACAGCGGUCAAUGUUAGCAGUAGUCCGCCAACAAUUUUGGCCACUGCGCGCCAAAAGCAUCAUACGAAACGUGAUUCAUCAUUGCAUACCGUGUUACCGCCAACGACCGCAACGAGCCUCCCAACUAAUGGGAGAUCUACCGCACUAUCGAGUCCAGAAGACCCAUCCGUUCGAAACCGUCGGCAUCGAUUUUGCUGGCCCUUUCUAUAUCAAAAGUUUAGCCUCCAUAAGAAAGCCUGUCUUGACCAAAGGAUAUGUCUGCGUUUUUGUCUGUAUGGCAACACGGGCCUUGCACUUAGAACCAGUAUCCAACUUGACCACCGAAGCGUUCCUGGGAUGCCUCCAGCGAUUCGUAAGCAGACGAGGUCUGCCGAUGAAGAUUCUUUCCGACAACGCCACCAACUUUAUCGGAGCAACCAACGAAUUAGACCGACUGGCUCAAUUGUUCAAAACCGAAGCUCACCAAAAACAGUUGAACGAAUUUUGCACCCAACGAAAUAUCGAAUGGUCAUUCAUACCACCGAGGAGCCCCCAUUUUGGAGGAAUCUGGGAGGCCGCUGUUAAGUCGGUUAAGUUCCAUCUUCGACCCAUUUUAAACGAUCAUAAGCUCACAUACGAGGAGUUAGCUACAGUUUUGUGCCAAAUUGAAGCCAUAUUGAAUUCCCGACCGUUAACUCCUUCCUCUGACGACCCGACCGACGUAUCAGCCUUAACACCAGCCCACUUCCUAAUUGGAAGAGAAUUUCAAGCCAUAUUGGAGCCAUCGUACCACGACUUGAGGAUGAAUCAGCUUUCCCGUUGGCAAAUUGUUCAAGAUAUGAAGCAGAAAUUCUGGAAAGCCUGGUCAGCAGAUUACCUCCAAGAACUUCAACGUCGACAACGUAACUUCAAGGUCACCAAGUUCAGAAAGGGUUCGCUGGUCCUUAUUGUCGAUGACAACUUACCACCGCUCCAGUGGAAUUUGGCGCGGAUCGACGAACUGAUACCUGGCAAGGGUGGUCAUGUCUGGGUAGUCAGUCUCAAAACCAAGGAUUCUACAACCAAACGAGCGAUUAAAAAUAUAUGUUUGCUGCCUUUGAACGAAGAAGGAGAGGAUUAA